AUGGUGUCAUCCUUUGGCCCCUCUGAGACGUUGGAUGUGGACAGCCUCAAAGAAAAUGUCAUCUUCUUGGAAUCCAUCCCCAACCUGCGCCGGGUGGAUAGCCAUGGCAGGUUGUUCCGGUCCUCCAGGCAGGACGGAGCCUCACAAGCAGAUAUUCAAGCCCUUGCCAAUCGUGGCAUCCGCUCUUACUUAGACUGUCGCAGCACGUAUGAGUAUCGAAACAUCGACAACGGCAGGGCUAAGGCAAUCGAUGGCUUUGUCCAUGUCUUGGUACCAGACAUUCCGGAUCCAAAGGCAGCAAAAGGUUACCCCUCCACUAGCAGCAUUCCUGUGAAAGAUUUAAGCGGAAAACUGGUCACAGAUGCCUCACCUGGGACAUGCCCACGGCGAUAUUUGAUCAACAUGUUCAGUAAAGAGAUGGCUCUUGAAAUCUUCCACAUGGCACCUUGGUACAAGCAGAUUUUCACCAUUCUCUGGGUAAUCAUCGGCAUCUUUGUAGUAGGUGAACCCAUUUUGCAUUUUACACAGUGUUUAGCGGGUGAAAUCCAAAGAUUUGGCCUAGUUGGACGGUACAAAGGAUUUCUGGAGUACGCAAGCAAGGAAAUUUGUUUCAUCCUGAAGACCCUCUCUGAUCCUGAGAAUCUCCCAGCCAUGAUCUGCUGCGCACAUGGCAAAGAUCGGACAGGAGUUGUGAUAGCUUUGGUGCUAAGCGUUCUAGGAAAAUCAGACGAGUAUAUUGCAGGGGAAUACAGUUUAUCUGAGAAAGGGCUGGAACCCAUCCUGAUUGAGCAGAAAGAGAAUCUCAUGCAGUACCUCCCCGAUGAAUCUUUUCUCCUGGCUAGAAAGGAAACAAUGCUGGAGGUUCUUGACGCCACCAGAAAAAUGUAUGGAUCAGUGGAGAACUACCUGGAAUCCAUCGGCUUUGGCAGGGAAGACCAGAACAAGUUGCGGCUGGCUCUUGCUUAA